CCGCGUAGCCCAGGAACUCUGCAAGUUCAUUUACAAGUCUCGAUUGGAGAGAAGCUAGCACGUUGCAUUAGACGUGAAGUGGGACCUCGUCUUCCUGCUAUCCGUUUCUCUUCUAUUUGCUGCAGGUACCGUUUUACAAGCUUCAAAUUAAACAUUGUUACCAUAGACGCCAUCCAGAGACGAAUACUAAGCCCAGGGGAGAUUCGCUUCCUCACUGACUCGUACAGUUAACUAUUAUGGCUGGUAGCACCAUCAAUACAGUGCCGAAUAUUUUUCAAAGCAUGGAGUACGGACCAGCUGCAACUCCCAGCACUGCCACUGCACAGGCCUGGUUGGAUAACCAUUCCCGCUCUCUGGGUCUGUUCUUCGAGGGCAAGUUUGUCUGUCCAGCAGACAGGCCGAGUCGCUCCCUUGCUGAUUCUAAAGGUGGUCAUGUGUGCAGCACAGUGUGCGCCGUGGAGGCAGAUGUUUCCCCGGCUGCCUCCUCUGCUGUUAGCGGCCACAAGGCCUGGAGCAGCCUGAGCUGCUACCAGAGGGCCAAAGUGCUGCUCAGGCUGGUGGGUGUCCUCGGGCAGCACGGCCAGUGUGUGUCAGAGCUGUGCGAGCUGUGUGAGGCGUCUUGCUCGCCCUCCGCCCUCGUCAGACUGCUGCAGUACUACAGCAGCUGGGCUCAGCUCAGAGACACGCUCAUCCCCAACUGGACACCGCUGGGUGUGGUGGCUGUAGUCGUCUCUGAAGACUGCUCUCUCUACUCCCUUAUGCUCAAAGUUCUACCAGCACUUGCCAUGGGCAACUCUGUCGUCGCUGUCCCUGGUCGGAGCAGCGCCCCUCCAGCACUCCUCUUGGCCCAGCUUUUCGUGGGAGCAGGUCUUCCCGCCGGGGCUCUUAAUGUCUUAACAGGAAGUGACAUGUCGCUGGGUGCCAAAGUGGCCCAGAACCCGAGUAUCAGCUACGUCACCUACGGCGGCAGCAAGCAGGAUGGGGUGACGCUGUGUAAGGCCACAGCAGGGAUGGGCGUUCCUGUUUCUGUCUCCUGCAACGUAGGCGCUAGGUGUCCCUUUAUCAUCUUUGAGUCAGCCGACAUCGACAGCGCAGUGGAUGCAGUAAUAGAGGCUGCCUUCAAGAAGAAAAGAGAGGUCCACUGGGUGUUGUGCGUGCAGGAGAGCGUGCAGGACAGUGUUGUGGCCCGUCUCAGGCUCCGUAUGGCAGGGAUGAAGUGUGUGGCCCUCCACAGUGAGGGGGACAGGGUCCUGGUGGACACUGCAGUACAGGUCGCUCAGCAGCAAGGCGCCACGUUGGUUCAGUCCUGCGCUGCCCCCCCUUCUGGUGCUCAGUACCCUCCCACAGUGCUCUGCGGGGCGGCCCCCUCCUCUCCAUUUGUGGUCAGCCCUUCCCCCGGACCACUGCUACCACUCAUGCCAUUCAGAAGCAACACAGAGGCAGUAAGCCUGGGAAACCACAGUCCUCAUGGCCAGGCCGCCUCCAUCUGGACUGAAGACCUCACACUGGCUUUGGACACGGCAAAGAGCCUGUCAGUUGGCUCAGUGUGGGUGAACUCCCACUCGGUGUCUGACCCGUGUCUGCCUGUCUCUGGCCACAAAGACAGCGGGACAUGCACUGAUGGAGGACACGAGGGUCUGUACCAGUUUCUACGUCCAUCCUUUUCUUCAUCUCCUCUACCUCGCUCCUCCCCCGUCUCUAUGGACUACUCAAAGUUUGGAACAGCGGCAUCCCCCGCUAUCAUUCCUGAUGACUCAGACGUUGCCAGCGCUCCGAAGCCCUACCUGCAGUUUGUCGGCGGCAAGUCCUGUAAAUCAGUGUCUGGCUGCAGUGUGGCUGUGAAGUCACCAGGGGACGGCAGUGUGUUAGCCUAUUGUCCAGAUGGAGGCCGGAAGGACGUUCGUAAUGCAGUGGAGGCUGCUAUCAAAGUCCAGCCUGGAUGGAUGAAAAAGAGUCCGUCCGCACGCGCUCAGUCACUCUACUCUCUGACCAAGGGACUGGAGGCAAAGAGGCGGGACAUUGCAGCACAAGUCAGUGUUCAGACCGGCCUCUCAUUGGACGAGGCUGACACGGAGGUGGAGCUCAGCAUCGCCAGGCUCAGUGACUGGGCGGCUUACUGUGACAAAAUCCAAGGAGGAACUCCGCCUAUGCCAGAGUCUGGCUCUGCUCUCUCCCUCCCCGAAGCCCUGGGAGUCGUGGGACUCGUCCUCCCCGACAAGAAUCCCCUCCUCUCCAUGGUAACACUACUUGGGGCAGCAAUUGCCAAUGGCAACGCUGUCGUCAUGGUCCCCAGUCAGAAGUAUCCGCUCCCUGCCUUGGCAUUCAUUCAGGUGCUCCAAGCUUCAGACCUGCCAGCAGGAUUGGUCAGUGUCAUCACAGGGAGUAGGGACGAGCUGACAGCGGCUCUGGCUAAUCACAGUGUCAUCAAGGCCAUCUGGUAUUGGGGCAGUGCUGAGGGCUGCCAGUUCCUCCAGUACACCUGCACCAGCCCUCUGAAAAUCCUGCGUCUGUCCUGUCAAAAGGAAGAUGACGGGAAGGACUGGACUAAGUGUCAUCCCUCGCUCCUGGAAGAGAUGUGGAGAAAUGCCAUCCAGUGGAAGAGUGUGUGGAUUCCUACUGCAUAAAAGAAACCAAAAGGGAGAAUGUAAGAAGAAGGUGACAGAAAAGAUGGAGGGGCGCAGAGUUGCAGAUGUGUGUCUGUGGGGUAAAACUAUAGGAUGUAGAUUUAAAAUGAAGGAUAAAAAAGAAUAACCAUAACCAUGUAAAUCAUAAGAUGACAUGACAUGAAAUUAACAUACAACAAAUACCCCUAGUAAUUGACCCACCCGCCUUAAUUGCUGCCACAGCACAAAUGCAGUUUACUAUGAAAACAGUGGCAGAUUUACUACUCAAAAUUAUUUUUGUAAUUUUCAAAACCAUGAUUCAGAGGCAGGCAAAAGCCGGAUUCUCAUUUCUAGAUGGUGACUGUUGAUUUUCUGUCUGUUUAACUGUCACUUGCAAGUUUUUUCAGCUGCAGCUAAUUAGGGGGUUCUGCAAAUUCUUGCCAAGUAGGAGUGCUCCUUUUUCCACUGUUUUCCACAAUGUAUUAUUCUUUUUUUUGUGGGAGACUGUAAGUGAUUUAUUUCAACAUAUGACAGUAUUUCGGAUCAGAAGUUAACCGUCCUAUAUAAUCUAAAAAAUGUGGCCCCAUGCUGCCGGCUCAGGAAACAAAAUUUACCUGACAUGAAUAAAGGCAAAAGAAAAGGAGGUAACACAAAUCCUAAAACCAAGGAAAUGUUAAUAUUAUUAUAUGCAGUACAGUCAUAAGUUUUUCCUGUAUUUUCAAUAUCUUUGGGGUUUUAUCAGCUCCAAGAUAAUUUGAAAUGAAGACCGAUUGAAGUUAAAAUAUGAAACGUUCUGUUAUGUUUUAAAAUAUAGUUAAACAAAAUGCAUAUAAAGGUAAAUUUUCCCUUUUUAAAAUAAUCCAAAUGGACCUUUAACUCUAAUCAGUAUCCUGUUAAACAAAAGUUUAAAAAAUCAUUGGCUUUAUUAACAUAAUGAACGACCAUGUUGGAAUGAACAAAGUUACAUUCAGGAAGAGAAGGAAGUAAAGGCCAGCGGUCAGACAACAAUGGUUGAUUUAGCAGGUUAUUAGUAACUAGAGUUAAAAAAAACAAGGAAGAUUAAGUGUAUUAACAUGUUCAAUUUUCAGUUUAUGGCAGGAGAAGCCACAGAAACUAGGUCGGAGUUUGGUUAAAAAAAAAAAAAAAAAAAAAAAACAGACUGGAUUUUACCAGAUUGCACUGAAUGCUUACUUUGAAGGUCACAAGUUGGCUGGCAGUGUUGCUGGUGUGUUAACAUUGCAUAAAAAUGACCACCAAUAAUACUUGCUCUUAGGAUCAAUUCAUUGUUGGUUUUGGUGUUUUGACAGGAUGUGUUGAUGAUAAUAAUGAAAAGAUUAGAUAAUGCGAGCCUUACCCAAACUUUCUCAGCCAUGCGUUGGAGCUGGAGCUGACAUUCCUGCCUGUUGUGCCAAUUUUCCUCAAGUAUAGGUCCGACAAUACACCACAACAACAUUACAAAAUGGCUGCUGUGAAGUAGAGCUAGAGCUAGGCAUGUUAUAUCCUUAAGAAAAAAUAUCACGGUUUCAUGGUAUUACGGUAUUGCAAUUACAGCUUUUAAAAUGUACUAUUUUGAAAUGUCUGGGUAAAAAAGAACGCUUUUCCUCCCAUUAAAUAAAAUUUAUUAUAUGGUUAAACACACUGCACACUGUCAGGGAGAGAGAUUUCUAAACUGCACUGUCUGUCCUUGACAACUCAUAAAAGAAACCUCGUACCACAGGAACGGUAUGACGGAAAUGUUUAGUGGUUAUGAAACACCAUGACUUUUUCAAUCUGCGGUUUACCUUGAAACCGGUACCCGGCACAUGCCUAGCUUAUAGCACGGGCCCUUCUUUAAGCGAGAGGCUAUUUCUGCAAUCAUGAACACAAAGCCUUAUGACUUUCUACCUCUAUCUUCUGCUAUUCUCCUUUUUUUCCUAUUAGUCAUCAUACCUCACAUAGCUGUUUUUGUUUCAUCCAGGCAGACAUGCAGGUAACAGAGCUCACUCUAGUAGUUUUUUUUUUUUCUUUUUUUUUUUUUACAACAAAUGUUCCCAUUUUUUUAAGUCUACAACCUGAAAACUCAUCUGCCUUAGAGUUCUCUCAAUGACUCAGCAAAAAAGAACAUGUACUGUAUAUCUUUAUUACUGUACAAUAACACUGUACCCUUUUAGCCACACUUGGCGCAAACAUUCCCAGUGGAAUCUAGUUUGUUUCCAUGUCCAAGUUCACAUUGUCAAAAGAAAUUAUAAAUCUGUAUGGGUUUCCAGAGAAUGACACAGUGGGUCUCACUGUGUGAAAGCCAUAAAUAAAAGAAGAUAUCCCAGUGAA